AUGGAAAUAAAAGAUACAACUAACAACUCGGACUACAUUCCUCCCGAGACGAACAUUUACGUGGUGACUCCUCCCGUCGAUAAUAAUAAUAACAGUAUGGGACGUCGAUUCGGCAAGGAAAUAUUAUUUGCGUUUACUGCCUUUAUGAUUAUCAUAGGUGGAACUAUAAUGCUGGCAUUGGCAGGCGCAUCAAAGUAUAAUUGUAUUGAGGAUUGCCGAAGCACAUUCCUUCUUACUGAUAUGUCAGAGCUUGAAGAGAGUGAGUGCGAAAUUUCGUGCUCUGACAUGCAUAAGAAUCAAAACGAUGGUGGUAUUGCGCUGUUGGUCAUUGGGGUUGUUUCGUUGUUUGCGGACAUAGCUUUUCUAGUAUGGACAUCUCGACGCGGUGGAAAUUAUAUAGGAUAA